CUUCCGAAGUCGGAAAAGAAUCGGAGCUGCAAACGUUGGCAAAUCGGAUCUCUUCUAUUUCAGCAACCAUGGCGGAACAGCCGCUGGAUCUCUCCGCAACCAUUGCGGAACAACCGCUGGAGCUCGAAUCAUCGCCAUCGGCAUCCCCACCAGGAGAAGAGGAAAACGAAGGAGAAGAAUCGCUUGGUAAAUUGGUAGCUGACUCUUCUUUUGAAAAGGGGCGGCAUGUGAUGUUCUUGCAGAUGAUGUACCAGAUACUACCACAUCAUUACCAGUCUCAAGAGAUCAACCGCCUUACUCUGGCCUAUUUCGCCAUCUCCGGCCUCGACAUAGUCGGCUCACUAGAUACAGUGGACAAGGAUGAAGUUGCUAGUUGGGUUCUAUCUUUCAGAACUCACCCUGAAGAUAUUGCUGAAAUUAACUGUGGAGAAUUCUAUGGGUUUAAUGGUUCCCGCUCUUCUCAAUAUCCUUCAGACGAUGCUGGGGUGGUCAGCGGUAAUCAUAGUCAUUUAGCAAGUACAUACUGUGCUUUGGCCAUAUUGAAGAUUGUUGGUUACAAUUUGUCCAAUAUUGAUUGGAGGCCAUUGUUAAUGACGAUGAGAAACUUACAAAAACCCGAUGGCAGCUUUUCUCCAAUUCAUAUUGGGGCAGAGACAGAUCUUCGGUUUAUUUACUGUGCUGCGGCCAUCUGCUUUAUGUUGGAUGAUUGGAGUGGGAUGGACAGGGAUAAAGCUACUGAAUACAUCUUAAAAUGCAAGGCAUAUGAUGGUGGCUUUGGUAUGACUCCAGGUGCAGAAUCCCAUGGUGGUGGUACUUAUUGUGCGGUUGCAUCCCUUCAACUAAUGGGAUCCAUUGGAGUUGAUCUUUUCUCCAGCUCUGCAAGUUCUUCCAUACUGGACAUUCCGCUAUUGCUGGAAUGGUGCUUACAGAGGCAAGCAUCAGAUGGCGGAUUUCAAGGUAGAUCAAAUAAGCCGAGCGACACUUGUUAUGCAUUCUGGGUUGGGGCGGUUUUGAAGAUCUUGGGGGCCGGCAAACUAAUCGACGAGAAAGCUUUACGUGGAUUUUUGCUCACCUGCCAAUCUGAGUAUGGUGGGUUCUCCAAGUUCCCAGAUGAGCUACCUGAUCUCUACCAUUCCUACUAUGGAUUCAUUGCCUUCGGCCUCCUGGAAGAACCCGGCCUCAAUUCAAUCUGCGUUGAGCUCGGAAUAACUGAUGCUGCUGCUUUGAGAAAAUGACUACAACAUAUUAACGGCCACAUAAGGAAACCGACGGAACAGAGGACUCCUGGCAACUUGUGCUCCCCAGAGAGUGGUCAGAUAGGUUAUGUGACAUUGCUGAUUCACUGACAGUAGACAUAAACCAGAAAAAAUACCAGCCAUGAAGUACAGUUGGAUCAUCCUUCCAUCAUUCAUUUUUUUCACGAAAUCCGGUUUUACCUUGCAUUUGGGGACAAGGAUUGUCCAUUGUGUAGAAUUGUACCAAGUGUAUUAUGUAUGUAGCAUAGAAAUUUAUCUGGAACUACUUGACAUCAGUUUACCGGCGAACCAAGAAUCAGACAUAGACGAUAUGGUAUAUUCCAGUUUAGGCAUCUGCACUCGAUCUACAAUCUUUCUCUUAGCCAUGUUAAGACAAGGAAAUUAAUCAGUUACAGUCAAACGUGAAUGAAUGAUUACUUCAAAAUGAGAAACAAUUAAGGUUUCUGUUAACGAUGGUAAGGCAGAAAUGGUGGCAAUACAGAGACACCCUGAAUUGGUUAAUCAAUGUGCAAAGGCAGAAAUGGUGCAAGAGUAAGCCUGCUAUUGCUCCUCCAAGUUUGGGACAGAGAGUGAAUACAGAGACACCCUUUCCUUUUCUUCCACUUUUAACCUUUCGGCCUCAGCAGGAAAACUCCCCACCCACCACGGAGGCAGGAGGGGACACACCUUCACGGGGCUUUGUUGUUUAGGAAAAUGUCCAAAACGAAAUCAAGCCAGAUUCAGAAUGUCACUAAAAGCUCAGUGUAUUUCCUACUUUGUAUAAUUAUCUUCCUGAUUUGAGACUCUCAGACUGAAGAUGGCCCUCUGAUGUUGAUCACACGGCUCCAAAUAUACCAUUUGAUGUCGAUCAGCUCAUGCUGAAGCAAUAAUGGUUUAGCAGCUUAGUGGAGCUGGUUUGGAGGAUUGUGGCCCAGGGAGAAGUCCCCAUGCUACAAUAACUAAGCGUAGCAGCAGAUCGUGCAGCAGGAUUAGGACAUGAUAGAUGGGCAAUAAGUGAAGUGAGAGUGAAUAAAACGUUGUGGUGGUCUUUGAUUUCAUGAUCAUGCUUUCUGUCGUCAUAGGCAUGGAUUGGAGGGUGAGAGUGACUAAAAAGUGAUUGGAUGACGCUCUUCUGUGCUUUUGAGAGAUACCCUUAUUCCUUCCCUUUCCUUUCCUUUCUGGGUACAGAUUGGUAUCAGCACUUCCUAUACAGAUACAAAUAUGAUCAUCUUUUAAGUUUUUAACUACUUCUAGAUACCCGUGUGGCCAAGUUGCCAGUGGUUUUCGAUUUGGCGAGGGCAUCUACAUGGGCUACCACGGUACCACCGUUACUUUCCAACACGAUCAUUGAGUGUGUCUGGUGUUAGCAUGAACUAAACAAUAUGGAUCGUCGAAUAUGUCUGGUGUUAACACAUACAUUCGACGACUCAAAUCGCGUAAAGAUGACUUGAUAGUGUUAGCCUGUGCUGAACCUCCUAGUUCAGCAUGCUACCAUUAUUCAGUGCUUUUUAAGAGAUGAAUUGCUUUGCAUAUGAAACAUAUGACUAAGCUGACAAAAACCUGAAUAAAUUACUGUUACUAGU